CUUCUCUCUGUAAGUAAUAUUUUGUUGUUAUUUUCAGGUGCAACCUUCCUCCUCUGGAAAAUGAAUUUAAGAGUGAUGUUGGCAUGAAGACUAACCUUGUGACAGCAAACCCAAGCAUCUUAACAAAGAAGUAUGGGUCACUGAUGGCACGUCGACGGGCGUUUGUAGACAGUCUCCAACAGUAUGGCAACUCCCUGCUCCUCUUCCCUUGCUUCUCUUCUAGUGGUAGUCGUGCAGUGUGUCAGCGGGCUGUGUAUGCCAUUGAAGACAUGGAAAUUCCUAUCCAACCAAUCUUCACAAACCCUCAGUACUUACAAAGUAUGGACAAAUUCUGGAAAUCUCAGGGGGUAAAGGGACUUCGGGCUAGCACUGGAGCUUAUAUGAUUAGUCUGGCUUUGGAAUUAUGUGAAACAGUUCAUCUUUAUGGAUUCUGGCCAUUUAGUAAUCAUCCAUAUAAGCUCUUUCCCCUGACUAACCACUACUAUGAUAAUGUACCCUAUAAUAGUAAAAUCCAUGCAAUGUCAGAUGAGUUUUACUACUGGGUGCAACUGCACAAUAAGGGCAUUCUCAAGCUUCAUCUUGGAGACUGUAAAUCAGAUCAGGUCUAGUUUAUAUGAUGGAAUAAAAUAAAAAAGAGGUACUCUU